AUGGCCUCCGUCACUGAAACGCCGUUUUCCUUCUCAAACGCCAACGGCUCCACCUCUGUAGCAUCUCUGUUGACCGACAGCGAUCCGUCGUACGUUGUCGCCGGCGUGAUUGCUGUGCUCAGCUGCCUUGUGGGAAUCCCGACCAACAUCCUCAUGAUCGUGAAGCUCAGCAGGCAUCUGCGAGGCUCCUCCAUGACGAAGCGCCUCAUCUUCAACCUGGCUCUGUCGGACCUCCUCUCGCUGUUCUGCCUGGUGAUCGCCGGGGCCAUCUUUGCCACCGGGCCCCAUUUGGCGCACGGGUUGUGCCAACUUUUCUUUUUCGUCAUCUUGUUCUGCAUAACCUCCAGCUCCAACAUCCUGCUGCUGAUAAGCGUUCAACGUUACUACCAGAUUCUUCAUCAUGCCAAGUGGAAAAAAGUGACCCGCGCAUGGCAGCGGGUUUUGCUCUCCAGUGUGUGGGUCCUCGGGGCCCUGCUGCCUCUCCCUCUUGUGCUUUCACUGACGGACAAGACGAGCAGAGACGCCGCACCCGGCAAGACGAAGACGUCCUGCCGGGAGAAAAUGAUCGAACCGCAUGCCGAGGUGGUCCACGUCGCUAUAGUGACAUCUGCUCAACUCGUGGUGUUGGUGUUUUACGUCAAGCUCGUGAGAGGCGUCAGGAAGGUUCAGAUGUCUGACAAGAAAAAGCAAAAGAUCAACAGGCUGUUCACUCGGAUCCUCGCCGUCUCUCUAAUAGACUUUUUGCCUCUGUUUGCGCGCCUGGUGGCCAUCGCCUCCCAUUUUACGCCCUCAGAAACGUUGACCGACAUCAGCAGGAAUCUGACGCCUGUCGAGUAUUUGUACUUUUUAAACCACUGUCUGAACCCCCUGCUGUAUUUCUUUGCAUCUCGGCAUCAGCUGAGAGACAGAGAGAAGAAGAGAAAGCUCUUUCUCAUGGCUCUUAAUGACAGUUCUUAACAACUAACCUUUACACAUUUUUAAUUUAUAGAGGUAUUAACACUGUUACAAAAACAUCCCACAUAAACAAUGACUUUGGUGUGGAUUUAUCUACCAUUUCUUUCUGUAAAGACAUGUUUUGCUAUUAAAAUGUUUGAAGGCUGGACAAGCAUUCUGCAUUUUCUCUAUUUGCUUAUUCCGCGGGUUUUCCAAAGAUAUCAAAUCCCAGAAAUAGUUGGAACAUUUACUUUAAAGUCCCCCUUGCCAGCACCCUAAU